AUGAGUUAAAAAUUUGAAUAAAUUGCAAGACUCACAAGAAAUAGCACAAAUUUUAAAGCGAAUUUCGUGCCUUUAACUUUAGUAGGUACAUCCCUAAUUUCAUUUAUUGCUUGGUCAAAAUUACCUUAUGGAUAAGCAUUUCCUCAUUUAACAAUUUCAGAAUAUGUUCCAAAGAAAUCCUAUUUUCAUUCUUUAAUUUUAGCUCCAUUAAAUUUUUAAACUAAUGUAUUUCAAUAAUCAAGUAAUUAGGGACAUUUAUCAGUUUAUGGUCCAGCAAUGCUGUACUCUUUUUAUUAAAUGAGUUCAAUUCUAUGUAAUACUUAGUUUUUAGCAUUUUAUUUAAUUAAUUCAGUCAUAUGUUCAUCAUUCACAGUUUAUUAUGAAAAAAAAAAAAGUGCAGAAUAUGGUAUAAAUCUAAUGUCUCCAAAAUGUGUAGCUGCAAUUACUCCUUUAAGUUUCAUGACAGCUUUAUUAGUUUUAAAACCACAUCUAAGAUUAGUAAAUAAAGUAUAUACUAAAUAAUAAAUUCAUAGCCUCCUUUACCAUUUUUUUUAGUAACUGCUAUGUAUUGUAUGUAUGAAAUAUAAGAAUAUCAAAAUGGGUUUGUAAAUGAAGUGUGUAGACCAACCCAUAUUUUGGCAAUGAUUAAUGGAUUAAUAUUAGGACUUAUUUUUAAAAGAUUCAUUUGA